UGGCCAUUGUCUUAUUGAAGAGUAAUUAACUCUCAUAGAAUAAGAGAGCCCUGUAUGGGCCAGUGAUGACUGACUCAUCAGCAAAGGGCUAUGAUGAUUCCAAUUCGAGGCACCUGAGGCCCAUUUAAAGAGCCCCGUUAGGAGAGCGCUGCCGCCCAACCUCAGGCCUGACAGCUCACCAGCACCGUUGGCCGGAGUUGUCUUCAGGCCAAGCAGCCUGAGUGAUGGUGCGGGCUCCACUAAUGAUGUCCUCGGGUUUCUAGACAUUAAACCCCCCUACAGCUCCCAAUGACUCCCCACCCAACUGCUAUCUGUCUUCCUUUGCUACUUCUUCCCCAACAGUUGUUAGUAUAGAACCCAGGUCAGCAUCGCGGAGACGCCCUAGUUCCUACUUUUCUUCCCUGUUAUCCGGCCGGGCUGCCCAGGCUGCCGACAGACCUGCGUUACCUUUUGUGCUUAACAUGCCGCUUCUCAGAUCAAACACUUCACAUAAACGCCAGCGGCUAUUUUGCGGCUCAAAAAAACUAAUGCGCUGCGGCCUCUCAGUUCAUCUCAAGGGCUGGAAGGUGCUAUCCUUGGUCUCAGAGUUGCCCAAUUUCAACUGUAAACACACAACCGACCACUUCUUAGAGGGGGCGGGGGGAGAGCGCAGACAAGGAUUUGGGGGGGUCCUAUGGUCAGAUGGCCAUUAAGGAAGCGCAGCGUCGGCGGGCUGUGUUCCUGAAGGCCCGUGCCCACGGGGACCAGGGAGAGGAAAGCUCUGCCCAGUGCGAAUGGCACUGAGUGAUCGCCACCGGGCAGUCUCCCCCCUGCCCUCCCAGCCCAAUCAGACCAGUCCCGUAAUCUGACUCCGGGCACCGGGAGCGGCGGGCGGGCCGCGCGCACUCGGCGGGGGAAGGCAUGAGCGACAGACCCAGACCCGCGGCCAGGCGGUGGGGCAAGUGCGGGCCUUGGUGCAGAAGACAGAGCGUCAUGGUGGCCUUCCGCGGGGUCUGGACCCAGGCGUUCUGGAAGGCGGUCACGGCCGAGUUCCUGGCGAUGCUCAUCUUCGUGCUGCUCAGCCUGGGCUCCACCAUCAACUGGGGCGGCGCGGAGAAGCCCCUGCCCGUGGACAUGGUCCUCAUCUCCCUCUGCUUUGGCCUCAGCAUCGCCACCAUGGUGCAGUGCUUCGGCCACAUCAGCGGCGGCCACAUCACCCCCGCCGUGACCGUGGCCAUGGUGUGCACCAGGAAGAUGAGCCUCGCCAAGUCUGUCUUCUACAUCGCGGCCCAGUGCCUGGGCGCCAUCCUCGGGGCCGGCAUCCUCUACCUCGUCACCCCGCCCGGUGUGGUGGGCGGCCUGGGGGUCACCACGGUUCACGGGAACCUCACUGCGGGCCACGGUCUCCUGGUGGAGCUGAUCAUUACCUUUCAGUUGGUGUUUACUAUUUUUGCCAGCUGUGACUCCAAACGGACUGAUGUCACUGGCUCCAUCGCUUUAGCAAUUGGAUUUUCUGUUGCCAUUGGACAUUUAUUUGCAAUCAAUUACACUGGUGCCAGCAUGAACCCCGCCCGAUCCUUCGGCCCUGCGGUGAUCAUGGGAAUCUGGGAAAACCACUGGAUAUAUUGGGUUGGACCAAUAAUAGGAGCUGUCCUUGCUGGUGGCCUGUACGAGUAUGUCUUCUGUCCAGAUGUUGAACUCAAACGUCGGUUCAAAGAAGCCUUCAGCAAGGCUGCUCAGCAAACCAAAGGGAGCUACAUGGAGGUGGAGGACAACCGGAGCCAGGUAGAGACCGAUGACUUGAUCCUCAAGCCCGGAGUGGUGCACGUGAUUGACAUGGACCGGGGCGAGGAGAAGAAGGGGAAGGACCCGUCGGGAGAAGUGCUGUCCUCCGUAUGACUAGAGGAUGGCACUGAAAGCAGACGCGAGCCCUUAGAGCUGCCCGCAGAGGUCCUCCCGCCCAUUAAGGAAACAGACUUGUUAUAAAGUAGACGUGUCUCAGGUCACGUUACUCGGUCUAGCUAACAAGUAUUUCAUUAUUUACUAAGGAGGAAUGGAAGAAACCUAUUGUGAAUUCCAAAUCUAAAAAAAGAAAUCUUUUACAAGUAUCCUUCCCUCCCCCCAAAGCAAAUAUACGUGUAGUGUAUCUACUUGCCACUCAUUAAAAGUGCGUAUCAGGAUCUGGUUAAGUCUUGCCGGACAGAAAAUAUAGGCAAACCUAUCUGCUUAUUCCUCCUCGACCAGGAAAUUGGUAUCAUCAAAUCUCAUUUGAGUAUUUGUUCCAUUAAAUCAAGUUUGUCAGUGGCAAAGUACAGUGCGUCACAGAGUCAUGCGCACUCAGAGAGGAAAUCCAGCAGGCGCUUUUCAUGAGCAGUCCCUUCCUCACAAACUACCUCGGCAAAAGGACACAUUAACAAGGGCCAUUGCUAAUGGACUAUUUCCAUUUAUAUUUCAAAUACCAAACUUCAACCCCAAACUCCAAUUCAUAAUAGUCCUUCCUCCUCCUAAUGCCUACGAUAAUGUGAACUAAAACCCAAAAUGGGAAGAACGUUCAGAAACCCUAUACAUGUGUUAGCUCGAAAACAUCCAAAUCAUAAGAGACAUCUAUUGAGAUUCAGGACAAACCGAUUCGUGAGACCUUAUGAGGGUGGG